UGUUUGUUUCCUAGGUUACUACCUCUCCCGACAUUAUCUUCCAGCCCUAGCACUGAAGACUUUACUGAAGGAUCUGAAAUUUUAUAAUGAAACACUAAGGAAUCAUCAAUUUGUUAGUAACUCACAAAUUCCUAUACAGGAAUUUAGCUUAAGAACAAAAAAUAAAGGAGAAAGGGCGACAGUUGAUACCCCAGACAGCUCUAUUCAAGUUUAUGAAUGAUCUACUCUUAAGGGUGGCAAGACUUAAUGCAAAUGAACACAGAGGAAACUGUCAGCUCCAUUGUGGUUCGACCAAUAGAAGCACAGCUCCAUCUUGGCUGUGCACUAGACUGCAUUACAAACAGACGAUACCAUCGCUUCAACAGCAUCCUCUCAGACAAGAGAUGUUAGAACUCCAGGAUACAUACUAUAUACACUGACCUAAAGAGCCAACUUCUGCCCUUUUACCUUGCUGGUCACUAUUUCCUGAUUGAGAUCACCUGCCAUCAAAGAUUAACGGAGGGGAAACAGAAGACAGAAAUACACUGAACCAAAAAGAUUCGAAAGAGCAAUAUAAGAAGUGGGAUCUCUAAGAAUGGCUUCCAGCCACUGGAAUGAAACCACUGCCUCUGUUUAUCAGUACCUUGGUUUUCAAGUUCAAAAAAUUUACCCUUUCCAUGACAACUGGAACACUGCCUGCUUUGUCAUCCUGCUUUUAUUUAUAUUUACAGUGGUAGCUUUAGUGGUGCUGGCUUUCCUUUAUGAAGUGCUUGACUGCUGCUGCUGUGUAAAAAACAAAACCGUGAAAGACUUGAAAAGUGAACCCAACCCUCUUAGAAGUAUGAUGGACAACAUCAGAAAACGUGAAACGGAAGUGGUCUAACAUGACAGAAGAUGAACAAAAUCUCUGAAAGCAGUUCAAUCUCUUCUGAGAAAAAAAAAACCUUCUGAAACCAACUGUUACUGCAAAACAAAUUCUGACUGAAUGGUUAAAAGAUUUCUAGUAGAAGGGGAAAAACAAAUUAAAUAUGCACUGCUUGUGUGUGUAGCCCUUUCAUUAAAUAUACAGUAAAACUUCACAAAUGUGAAUUUACCUAUUUAUCGCUGACGCUUCAAAAAAAUGGAUAAAAGAUUCCUAGAGUUCAAUAUUGAGCAGCAAAAGGUAAGCUGGAAAACACAGGCAAGGCUAAUGAUGCUAAAAUAAUUUUAUGCCUGACCACUUCAUGUAGCUCAAAAAAUUGUGUGUGGCAAGAAGAAUGCUAUUUAAAAUGUGUUUCUAAGUCUAAAGUAAAAUACUUCCACUUACAUAUAAAGUACCUGUUUAUUAAAAAGUA